GGCAGAGGCAGUGGCAGCAGGAGAGGCGGGAGCAGCAGGGAGCAGCAGGGGCAGCAGGACUGGAUUGGGGUGUUGAGUCCAGGCUGAGUCCCGGACAGGCUGCUGCUCUUGGUCCCGGUGCCUGCUGGGCCAGGCGCCCUGCCUGGAACCCCAGGCAGGGUGGAGAGGGCGAGGUGCCUCCUUAGUCUGGCUGAGGAGGCAGACGAUGAGGAGCGAUGGGUCAGGCAUGCGGCCACUCCAUCCUCUGCAGGAGCCAGCAGUACCCGGCAGCGCGACCGGCUGAGCCGCGGGGCCAGCAGGUCUUCCUCAAGCCGGACGAGCCGCCGCCGCCGCCAUGCGCCGACAGCCUGCAGGAUGCUUUGCUGAGCCUGGGCUCUGUCAUCGACAUUGCAGGCUUGCACCGGGCUGUCAAGGAGGCCUUCUCAGCUGUGCUCCCCAGAGUGGAGACUGUCUAUACCUACCUGCUGGACAAGGAGUCCCGGCUGGUGUGUGAGGACCCUCCCCAUGAGCUGCCCCAAGAGGGGAAAGUCCGAGAGGCUGUGAUCUCCCGAAAGCGGCUGGGCUGCAAUGGACUGGGCCCCUCAGACCUCCUGGGGAAGCCUUUGGCUAAGCUGGUGGCCCCAUUGGCUGCUGACACCCAAGUGCUGGUCAUACCGCUGGUGGACAAGGAGACUGUGGCUGUGGCAGCCGUCAUCUUGGUGCACUGUGGCCAGCUGAGUGACAGUGAAGAGAGGAGCCUUCAAGCCGUGGAGAAGCACACCCUGGUGGCCCUGAAAAGGGUGCAGGCCUUGCAGCAGCGCGGGCCCUGCGCAGCCCCCAAAGAGGUUCAGAACCCCCCGGCGGGAGCGGCAGAAGACCAGAAGAGCGGGAUUGCCUACACCGACCAGGACCGAAAGAUCCUGCAACUGUGUGGUGAGGACUCGGCUUGGGGCCCGGUCCUGGGGGGGAAAAAUCUUUCCCGUCCUCUAACGGGUCCCCACUGCUCUGCCCUUCAGGUCAUUGGAAAUAAAGUGCUAGAAGAGGAGAUCAGCUUCCCGUUGACAAUGGGACGCCUGGGCCAAGUGGUGGAAGACAAGAAGUCUAUCCAACGGAAAGAUCUCACUUCUGAGGAUGUGCAACAGCUGCAAAGCAUGUUGGGCUGCGAGCUGCAGGCCAUGCUCUGUGUCCCUGUCAUCAGCCGAGCCACUGACCAAGUGGUGGCUCUGGCCUGCGCUUUCAACAAACUUGGAGGAGACUUGUUCACAGACCAGGAUGAGCGUGUGAUCCAGCACUGCUUCCACUACACCAGCACGGUGCUCUCCAGCACCCUGGCCUUCCAGAAGGAGCAGAAGCUCAAGUGUGAGUGCCAGGCUCUUCUCCAAGUGGCAAAGAACCUCUUCACUCACCUGGAUGACGUCUCUGUCCUGCUCCAGGAGAUUAUCACAGAGGCCAGAAACCUCAGCAAUGCUGAGAUCUGCUCAGUGUUCCUGCUGGAUCAGAAUGAGCUGGUGGCCAAGGUGUUCGACGGGGGCGUGGUGGAGGAUGAGAGCUAUGAGAUCCGCAUCCCAGCAGACCAGGGAAUCGCGGGCCACGUGGCGACCACCGGCCAGAUCCUGAACAUCCCAGACGCGUACGCACACCCACUCUUCUACCGUGGUGUGGACGACAGCACCGGCUUCCGCACACGCAACAUCCUUUGCUUUCCCAUCAAGAAUGAGAACCAGGAGGUCAUCGGUGUGGCUGAGCUGGUGAACAAGAUCAACGGACCAUGGUUCAGCAAGUUCGAUGAGGACCUGGCAACAGCCUUCUCCAUCUACUGUGGCAUCAGCAUCGCCCAUUCCCUCCUUUACAAGAAAGUGAAUGAGGCCCAAUAUCGCAGCCAUCUCGCCAACGAGAUGAUGAUGUACCACAUGAAGGUCUCUGAUGAUGAAUACACCAAACUUCUCCACGACGGGAUUCCUCCUGUGGCUGUCAUUGACUCCAACUUCGCCAGUUUUAUCUACACCCCUCGCUCUCUCCCAGAAGAUGACACUUCCAUGGCCAUCCUGAGCAUGCUGCAGGACAUGAAUUUCAUCAACAACUACAAAAUUGACUGCCCGACACUGGCCCGGUUCUGUCUGAUGGUGAAGAAGGGCUACCGGGAUCCCCCUUACCACAACUGGAUGCACGCCUUCUCUGUCUCCCACUUCUGCUACCUGCUUUACAAGAACCUGGAGCUCACUAACUACCUCGAGGACAUCGAGAUCUUUGCCUUGUUUAUUUCCUGCAUGUGUCAUGACCUGGACCACAGAGGCACAAACAACUCCUUCCAAGUGGCCUCGAAAUCUGUGCUGGCUGCACUCUACAGCUCCGAGGGCUCUGUCAUGGAGAGGCACCACUUCGCUCAGGCCAUCGCCAUCCUCAACACCCAUGGUUGUAACAUCUUCGAUCACUUCUCCCGGAAGGACUAUCAGCGCAUGCUGGACCUGAUGCGGGACAUCAUCUUGGCCACGGACCUGGCCCACCACCUCCGCAUCUUCAAGGACCUCCAGAAGAUGGCUGAAGUGGGCUAUGACCGAACCAACAAGCAGCACCACAGUCUCCUUCUCUGCCUCCUUAUGACCUCCUGUGACCUCUCUGACCAGACCAAGGGCUGGAAGACCACGAGGAAGAUUGCAGAGCUGAUCUACAAAGAGUUCUUCUCCCAGGGAGACUUGGAGAAGGCCAUGGGCAACAGGCCAAUGGAGAUGAUGGACCGUGAGAAGGCCUACAUCCCUGAGCUGCAGAUCAGCUUCAUGGAGCACAUCGCAAUGCCCAUCUACAAGCUGCUGCAGGACCUGUUCCCCAAAGCGGCAGAGCUAUACGAACGUGUGGCCUCCAACCGUGAGCACUGGACCAAGGUGUCACACAAAUUCACCAUCCGCGGCCUCCCGAGCAACAACUCGCUGGACUUCCUGGAUGAAGAGUACGAGGUGCCUGAUCUGGAUGGCACUGGGGGCCCCGUCAAUGGCUGUUGCAGCCUUGACACUGAGUGAGCCUCUCCCAGGAUCCUUUCCUGCCCAGGCCUCCUCCUACAACCCUCCGUCGGCCUGGCCAGAUGCUCUGGAGCCAGAGCCACGGAUCCUGGGUUCUAGACCAGAACUUCUUGUGUGACCUGGGCAAGCACUGACCUUCUGGGCCUCAGCGUUCUUGUCUGUAUAAUGGAAGCAAGACUUCCAACCUCACCAAGACUUUGUCAUUUGUCCUCUGAGAGCACAGGGGUGACCCAUGAGCAGUGGGCUCUGCUCUGUGCCUCUGACUACACCUUGGCAAGUCCUCCCUAAGCCACUCCUCUGAGGCAGCCUGGGUGGUUUCUCCUGAGCCCGUCUUGCCCCACCAGAUCUGUGUCCUUUUCCCCUCUCCAGGAUCCUCAUUCAAGGAGAAGGUGGGACUCCUCAGUGAUUAGAGGCUAGGUCUUAGAGGGUAGGUGCUGCUGAGAUACCCACCACUAUACUUAUGGUAGGGAUGAAGACUGGGUGAUUGAUGCAGGGACCCUACAAAGAAACUGUCAGGGGGGCACUCAGUGCUCUAAGGAAAGGGGCUCAGGAAGAAAACAGGAUGGGAACAAUGGGCAGGAAGGAUCCCUGGGCUGGGAGACCGGCCCCCGUUGAAUCAGCAAUGCUUCCUCCUGGCUGUGUGACCCUGGACAAGUCCCUUCCCCUAUCUGGAUGAAACAGUAGGGUGAAACAGUUUGUUUUCUGAGACCCCUUUUAUUUAGAUCAGAGUCCCCAUAGGUCUGGAACCCCAGGAGAGACUGUGGAAUGCCCCUUCCACCCUAGGGCAGAUAGCUGACUUUGAGUCCCUCAGAGGCCCCCUGAGUGUACUCCCUUAGCCUGAGCCCCACCCCCAUUCCUGCAGCCAGAGAGGGACCUGGCGUCAGCCUUGGCAGGGUGUCUCUCCUUUUCAAGGCCAUAUCCACCUGUGCCCCGGGGCUUGGGAGACCCCAUAGGGCCGGGCCUCUUGGGUCAGCCCGGCAGCUUCUCCCUUCUCUCUUGUUCUGUACUGUGUUGUGGGGUGGGGGGAGGGGGGCCACCUGCCUUACCUAUUCGGAGUUGCCUUUAGAGAGAUGCGUUUUUCUAGGACUCUGUGCAACUGUUGUAUAUGGUCCCGUGGGCUAACCGCUUUGUACAUGAGAAUAAAUCUAUUUCUUUCUACCAA